AUGCGGCGCGUAUAUCAAAGAAUCUGUCGGGAUGCUCUUAGUCACAGCACCCCGUCGGGCCGCGCGGCUUUCGCUGCUGCUAUCAGUACUCUUUCCGCCGCUUGUGACAGCAGCCGAGGCGGUAACAAAAUACGUGCUGCUCUGGCAACCCCCAUGCGCUUUUGCUCCACCUCGAGCGACGCAGCGACAAAAAAGCCGGCGGACAUCAUCGACGAAGACGUUGUUAUCGACCCAACACCCGCGGCGAAGGAUGGAUCUACAGGCGCUGAUGGAGCCUCGCCAUCAUCAUCAUCGGCAAAGCCCAAUGAAGAUUCCGAGCGGGUGGUUGGAGAACCGGAAGAAAUGGGAUUCAAGACGGAAACACGACAGCUGCUGGAUAUUGUUGCCUGCAGUUUGUACACUGAGAAGGAGGUAUUCAUUCGUGAACUGGUUUCAAACUCCAGUGAUGCUUUGGAGAAGCGCCACCUGUUGGAGAUCAGCAAACCGGAGGAGUACCCGCGUGAGGAGGACGACGAGGCUCCCCUCAUUGCCAUUUCCUGCAACCAGAGCAAAAGUCGCUUUGUUAUUCGCGACACGGGUGUCGGCAUGACGAGAGAGGAACUUGCAGAGAACCUUGGCACCAUUGCGGGCUCCGGAUCAAAGGAAUUUGUGCGCGAGCUGCAGAACGCCGCGUCCGGUGCGCAGGCUGCUGAAAAAAUUAUUGGUCAGUUUGGUGUUGGUUUCUACGCUUCUUUUAUGGUGGCGAAACAUGUCAAGGUAUACAGCCGUAGUGCGAAAAAGGGCAGUAAGGGUUUUCUGUGGGAGUCGGAUGGCACAGGCACGUUUAAGAUAACUGAGUGCGAGGGUGUGGACAAGGGGACAAAGAUUGUUCUUGACGUCAAGGACACGGAGCUCUCCUUUUGCACUCCACAGGUGUGUGAACGUGUUUUGAAAAAAUACAGCAAUUUUGUUUCGUAUGAGAUAACACUUAAUGGCGGGAAGGUGAAUACGGUCGAAGCACUUUGGAUGAAGGACAAGAAUGCCGUUUCCAAUGAAGAACAUAUCGAUUUUUACAAAUUCAUCUCGGGUGCAUAUGACAGUCCCAUGUUCCGUCUGCAUUACGUCGUGGAUGCUCCUCUUUCCAUCCGUGCCUUGCUGUACGUUCCACAAUCCCAUACUGAGAAGUACGGUGGGGGCCGUAUGGAGAGUGGUGUCAACCUUUACUGUCGUCGCGUGCUCAUUCAAUCCAAGGCAAAGGGCGUGCUUCCGGAAUGGCUACGCUUUAUUAAAGGUGCGGUGGACUCGGAGUCCAUUCCCCUCAACGUGUCGCGUGAACACACACAGGACGGAAGCAUGAUGCGACGUUUGUCGACGGUGCUCACCAAACGCAUUAUUCGUUGGCUGGAGGAGGAGGCAAAACAGGAUCGACAGAAGUACGAGCGUUUUAUUCAAGAAUACGGUCCCUUUCUAAAGGAGGGUGUAUGCACGGAUCAGGUGCACAAGAUGGAAUUGGCAAAGUUAUUGCGCUUUGAAACCACAAAAUCCGACAUUGAUUACCCUCUUGUCUCCCUGGAAGAGUACCGCGACCGAAUGCUGGCAAAUCAGACCCACAUUUAUUACAUCAACGCCCCUUCCAAGGAGAUGGCACUUCAGUCGCCGUACUACGAGCAGUACAAGGAGCACGAGCUUGAGGUGCUUGUCUGCACCGAGCCCAUUGAUGACUUUGUGAUGCAGCACCUGGACACGUACGCGAAGCACAAACUUCAAAACAUUGAGAUGUUUGACGCCUCCCUCGAUGGAAGUGUGCAGCACAAGAAGAAACUGGAGGGGGAAAAGGAAGACGUGAAAGUUGAAAAGCAGCUGACAGAGGCACAAGUGAAGGGGCUAAGUGACUUCAUUGCAAAACGACUGGUGGGUCGUGUGGGUGUUGUAAAAUCCACAAGUCGUCUGCGUGACAGUCCCGCUGUCAUUGCCGAUCACGAGUCGGCACAAAUGAGGAAGAUUUACCGCGUCACUGGGCAGAUGGCGGGCCCUCCCCCGAAGUACAACUUUCACUUCAACCCGAAGCACCCAAUUGUGCGCAAGUUGUACACGCUCUCCAUCUCGCCUGCCGCGGAGGAGGUGGAGACGGCGGGUCUUCUCGUGGAGCAGUUAUUUGACAACGCCGUCAUUUCCGCAGGGCUGCUGGAAGACCCUCGUUCAAUUGUCUCGCGUCUGAACAAUAUCAUGUCCCGCAUGGUGGAGAAUGUGCCGGAGCCGACGGCGGACAAGUAG